AUGGUUGCAAAGUCUCAGCCUGCUAUUCCUCCACCACCACCACCACCGCCACCACCUCCUCCUCCACCACCUAUUCAUCUAGAAACUAUUUAUGAGGAAUCAGGCAGCAGUUAUACUUCAUCAUUUGUUGAUAUUCAUCAGCAACAAUCACGCAAUCAACAGAAACCCUCAACGAGUAGCACCAUUCAACCGGCUCAUGGUCUCAUUAGUGCUCGUUCAAUACCAUCAGUUGAUGUGCAUCGACGUCGCCGAGCAAGUGAAUAUCAAACAAAGCCACCUAUUGAGGUUCGAUUUCGUGAUGGAACUAAAAGUUAUAUUCAACCGUUAUUAGCAGGAACAGCUAUGAUAGUAAAUAGAAGAAAAUAUUCCCCGUCUUCUUCUCGACAUGAUUCGUCGUCAUCGACGAAGAGCAUUAUCAAACACCGACAAAUAUUUAAUCUUACACCGAAAAAAAAGAAAAAGCUACCCGACAAAUCAAAAAUCAUUCUUACAAUCAUAACCGCUGAAGACUUAAGUCAAGCUGGCAUCACACCGCCGUCGACUUCCUCGCCGGAUGAGUCUGAUACAUUGGCAUUUACCAAAUCACAUUCGAACUCAUCGCUAGACACACUCAAAACAGUGACUGAUAUCUCAUUCAAAGAUCCUCUUACAGUACCGGUAGACGACUUAUCACUAGCAACUGUUCCAUCAGCAAUUCUGCAGAACAAUGCUCCAGUCAUCGAUCAUUCUAUGUCAAAGAUUCGUUUUUCUGAUACCACGCGCACUCAUUCUCAUCACAAAAAGCAAUUGAGGUACUCCUUACAAGUUGAUACUAGUCGAAGUCGAAGUCUACCACCGUCACAAUCACAUAAAUCUUCAACGCUACAGCACAAUUCACAUUCCAAUCAAGCCCAAUCGAUUCAAUUAUCGACAAAAAAGUUUCCUUCACUUCAAAUUACUGUAAAAAGCGAUGAGAAUGAAAAAAGUUCAUCGUCGAAAGUAACUCAAACGUAUAGCACUUUGCCAAGUUCUUCUUCUCAUUCGAAACAAGCCACAACGAACAGUGAACAAAAAAGCCAAUUUCGACCACCGGCCUCAACAUUCGGUACAAGUGGCUAUCGAAGUGCAUUUCGACCGUUUCUCAAAACAGUAGCUGGCCAAUCCCAAGCGCAAGUUGCCACAUAUCAAAUGCAGCAAAAUUUAUCACAACCACCACAACAAACUGUUUCAUUUUCUCGAUCUCAUCAUCAACAAUAUUCAAAUGCCACAUAUGCGAACCCGAUGCCAUUCACAUGGCAGACAAAUUCCAUUCACUAUGAUCGCCGUUCGCUCAGUUCUGAUGCGCCCAAACAAUCAUUAAAUUCAUUCCUAUCCAAUCAAAUGAUGUCAGAUAAUCUAAUCAAUCCGACUGCACAUAUGGUAACUUCAUCUCGCAACUUUUUUCAUACACUGUUUGAAGUUUUUCAGACAACAACACACUAUUCUCAACCAUCUAUGUCGAAUAUGAUCGAUCAUUCGUACAAGUCAUCAAUUAUACCAAAAGACCAAUGUACCGAUCCAAAUAUCCACAUGGUCACCGUCGAUCCGAAUUUACAAUGGCAUAGCGUCACUUCGAAAUCUUUAUACGAUGUUCCUCGUCUAUCCGAUCAAUAUGCAAAUAUUCCUUUACGAAUCACAAUACCCGAUGGAACACCGACUCAUAAUCAAAAAUGUCUUCAUAAACACGAUGCUCAAUUAGAAAAACGCCUACUAGAUGCCGGUUUGUCGCCCGAAACCAUUGCACUUUAUGAACGAAUUCUCGAAGUUGCCGAUAUUCGCCAUAAAGGUCGAAUCCAAGCACCUGAAAUCAUUGAUCAGUAUCAAACGAAAUCAUUGUUAUCAGUAGUAAAAUAUUAA